GAAUCCUGAGAGUUGUCCACUCAAAAAAAAAAAUGAAAUAAGCAGGCAACCAAAGAAAGCGUAAAGUUUUUAACUACAGCAACCAAAGCGACUAUCCGACGCCAUCACAACAACAGUCAUCGCCCACCGCCGGCCUUCAGAUUUUCUCUGCAUCACCACUAGUGCAGGCACCUGGAGGGAAACCUUUCACGCAAACUGCACGUAUCAUACAGAGGAAGGAAUACAUCUAAUUCUCACCGCCAAGCAUCAAGUCUAAUUCUAAUUAAACUAUUUAGGCCUUUCCUAACCAUAAAUAUUGGCGUCAGUGACUGUCUCCCAACAUCAUCACUCGUGGAGUAAUCGCGAGGAAAAACCCUAAUGCAAAAUACACGCAUGAUAGACAUGAAUAGAUCCCAAGAAACUUGUUACUUUUGCCCCUAAACAACAACAGUAUUAGCAACACAAAAGAGUCUUGCCUAACCAUUGACAUUGACCUGUGAGCCUACAAUACCACUUGUGCACCCAUUGGAGGGAGGACAUCUACACACACACACACACACUAAUCUUAAAAGAUAUGAUGGUGGCAUUGAGCCUGAGAGGAUGUGCGAGGCAGGUGAGGGCCCUGCAGGGAAGGCUAGUCAGGAGUGAGGCCCAGUGGGGGGGCCUCGUCAGCAACAUGGCACCACUAGCGGCGACUGUAAUGGUGCCACGGAGGCGGUUGGUCACUUCCCUACACUCUUCCCAAGGUCUCACAGAAGAGCAGACAGCUAUCCAGCAGAUGGCAGCAAAUUUUGCUAGAAAUGAAAUGCUGCCUAACAUGGCAAUGUGGGAUGAAAAGGAGAUGUUUCCAGUAGACACAAUGCGAGCAGCUGCUGCCCUUGGGUUUGGGGCUAUAUAUGCCAGUGAGGAGUUUGGUGGUACAGGACUGAGUCGUCUCGAUGCCUCUAUUAUAUUUGAAGCUCUCUCACAGGGAUGUACCUCCACCACAGCAUACAUCAGUAUUCACAACAUGUGUGCAUGGAUGAUUGAUGAAUUUGGAAAUAAAUCUCAGCGAGAGCACUGGAUACCUCGGCUAGCUUCAAUGGAAAAGUUUGCUUCAUAUUGUCUAACAGAACCCGGUGCAGGUUCCGAUGCCGGCUCCCUCUCAACAGCUGCAAGAAGAGAUGGAGAAGACCUUGUUCUUAAUGGUUCGAAGGCAUUCAUUAGUGGCGGAGGUGAUGCAGACGUUUACCUGGUGAUGUGCCGCACAGGAAGUGAGGGGCCCAAAGGAAUCUCGUGUGUGCUUGUGGAAAAGGGAACACCAGGCCUCAGCUUUGGCAAAAAGGAAAAAAAAGUUGGGUGGAAUUCACAGCCAACGCGGAUGGUGAUCUUAGAGGAUUGUCGUGUGCCAGUUGCAAAUAUUAUUGGGAAUGAAGGCCAGGGUUUCAACAUAGCCAUGAAGGGCCUUAAUGGAGGCCGCAUCAAUAUAGCUUCCUGCUCAUUAGGGGCAGCACAAGCAAGUAUACAAGCUGCAGUUGACCAUGUCAAAGUUCGAAAGCAGUUUGGGAAACCUCUCUCAAGUUUUCAGAACAGUCAGUUUCGCCUGGCAGAGAUGUCAACUGAACUAGUAGCUUCACGUUUGUUGGUCCGGAAUGCUGCGCAAGCCCUGCAAGAUGACCAUCCAGAUGCUGUUGUCCUCUGCUCCAUGGCAAAAUAUUACACUACAGAAAAAUGCUUUAAUAUAAUCAAUGAGGCACUUCAACUUCAUGGAGGGUAUGGUUACCUGAAAGACUACAGUGUCCAGCAGUACUUAAGGGAUUCGCGUGUUCACAUGAUUUUAGAAGGAACCAACGAAGUCAUGCGGAUUCUAAUUGCACGUCAUGUUCUUGCUGAUUGAGAUUUGUGUAAAUACUGUAGUGAAAGAUGUAGUGAUAUUACUACUUUUCUAGUUAUAAUUUCAGGUAAUGUUAAAUCAUCAUUAACUGUGAAAACAUAUAUUGUAUAUAUGAAGUAUAUAUCACAGGUAGGAAUCUGUUUGUAGAUAUGUACCUCCAAAUCCUGUUAUAUGAUUGCAUAGUAUUACUACAGACCAGAAAGAAUUGCAAUGUGUGGUGCAAAAGUCUGUAUAUUUUUCUCACUCUUGCUGUUUAUAAAGCUAGGUUAAGUGAAUGAAUAAAUAAAUAAAUGAGAAGUAAAGGAUGUAAUCAAGUGCCAUUUGAGGAUAGGAAAGCCAGGAAGUUGGAUGGCCAUAGUGAAUGUGUGAGGCCAAAGGAUUUAAUAUGGAUUGCACACAAUAUAUUAAGGAACAGGCUAGGUGGAAGCAAUCUGUAAGUGUGAAUGAAUGUUAUUGUAUAUGACUGCACUGCACACCUGGUCUUGUAAAGCAAUAUUGUACUACUGUAAAUGACUGACAUAAGACAAGUAUCACCUCACUUCAAGCAUAGUAUGAAUGAUAUAAUGAGCGAUAUCAAGAUAUCUACAAAUAUAACAUUUUGCAAAUUUACUCAUUUUCCUCCAUACCAAUGCCUUGCCAUGAAUGAAAAUGCUCAAUGUAAUUUACAAUUUAUACAAUAAUUAUUACCUGAGGUUUUAAAGCACUGAGUAUACUUCCAAUACAACAGCUACUUUAAUGUUAUAUAAAUAUUACCUUCUGUGAUUGAUAUUAUCAAAGUAAAAAAAAAUGUAUAUUUUUUACUCGUAUUUUUUUCUUUAAUUUAAAGUAUGCAAGUAAAUUAAGCGCAGAAAUAAAUCUCAAAUAUUUAAUAAACCUGACUUUCAUAUCUGCCACAAUGCAUUUACAAAAUUAAAUUAUAAUGAUCCUUUAUAUUUAAUAAGAAACAUUCAGCCUUUACAGUAUCACACAACUAGAGUUAAAACAUCUCUCGUAUAUUUUUUUUUUUUAAGAUUUUCUACUGUUUAUAUUCUUAAUAUUCAUCUUCACACUCAAAAGAUAAUGGUUUGUAGACAAGAGUCAGCACUAUCACCGCUCCACAAAGUCCUCUGGUUACAGUCCUUCCCGUCUUGAAUCUUCUAACCAGAUUUUCAUUACACUAACCACUGUUUUCAAACCUCUCAAAUUCCAAUUUUUUAUUUUUAAUCACACACAUGCCAAGUAUUUAACACCUAGACAGCAGUUAUCAUAUGUUGAUUUAGUCAUACUGUAGUCACAUAACGAUUUAAACAAUUAUUAUCUGGGUUUUACAUGUAUGAUUGAAAUAAGGAUAUAAUAGCUAAUACAGUAUCCUUAUUUAAGGAUGUAAUGGAGUUUACCUUGACCCAUGAAGAAAUCCUGCUAUCAUUUCAUGGAUAUGUUACUAGGUUAAUGAAGUCAUUGUAUAAAAUUCCAUCAUUACAUGUAUUCCAAUUAUGUUUAUAUGGUUUUCACAAAUGUGUAUGGUUGUAAUGGAGUAUACCUGGUAAACCAACCAUCAAUUGAACCAUUAUCAUGUGUUACGUGUACUAGGAGCCGGGUGGCAUUGGUGGCUUACGCCUUUGUUUCAAUCUAUAAUCUCACCCAUAUGGUACCAAUUAGUCCAUAUGUCAUGGCCCAAAGCCCACCACCAUUGUACAUUAUGUUCAUAUGAUUUUCACUAUAUUGUUGUAAUGAAGUAUACCAGGUACACCAAUGAUGACCAAACAAGAAAAUGUAGAUAUGUUGUCAUUUCUCCAUUUUGUGGUGUGGUUUGGUCAUCAUAUCCUCAGCCACAUUAUUGUGACUCAUUGUGUGCAGGUAAACCAAUCAUUACUUGAAACAUUAUCAUGUGUUGUGUGAAUUACAGCAUGUAAUUUAUCAAAUAUUUCAACACACAUACUCUUGUAAAUAAAAACAUUGUGUAAUUUGUUUAGUGUAUUAUUUCAUAUAAAGAUGUACAAACUG